CAGUGUCAGUAUUCAGUAAUCAGUGAUCACUUUAAUGUCGCUGAAGACAGCAGUUGUUUUGACCUGAAUUUUUUUGCAAAUCACUGUUCCAAUAUAUUAUUUCGAACAAUGGAAACAAGUCUCGAGUAUGAAGAUUUGUUGAUUAAAUUAAGAGCCAAACUCAAUGAAAACAAGAUCAAAUUGUGGGAACCGCCUUACAUUUCGGAAACUGAGGAGUACUCCCAGAGCCUUAAGGAUCUCUCUAAAAAAUAUUCCGAAGAACUUAAACAUGAUGAAAAUAUAAUAAUCCAAGCUCUUUUUGAACUCCAACUGCAUUCAAUAGAAAGGUCAAAAGCUAAUAAUGAGUUUAAGCAGACUGGUUACGCCACACUCAGGGUGAAAGCCACAGUACAGGGAGAAAAACCUAGAAUGUUGAAGAUCAUGAAACAGCUAGAUGUUUCAGGUGAUGAAUUGAUUGAAGCCGUCGCAAACUUGCUGGAGGUUGCUAAGAAUAGAGUCAAACUUAUAUACAAUGGUAAAUUAAUAAGACAGAGUCCAAAUCUUGAAGAACAAGGCAUCAAAAACGGUGUACAGAUAAUGGCACUGGUUAUGGCUGAAGCUCCAGAGCAGAUUAAGAAAGAGGAUAAAAUUUAUCGUGAGAUGAAAUCCACAUUAGAUGAUGCUACAUUACUGUCGGAGUAUGUGGACGAUAUCGCAGAUGAUGAAGAGUACAUGAAGCUGGAAGAUCAAUCUGGUAAGGCAAUUAAGCUGCCGCCAGCUGAGCGUAGGUCCUUACUGAUAGGGCUGGCGUUACACGAGCGAGGACGAGCCGCAGCUAGGAAGCAGGACUAUUCGCUGGCGUUGGUGCUAUUCCUUGAGGCUGAUAGACAGUUCAGUGAAUGCAGAUCUUCGAUCCUACAAACUGUUGACAACAUCGCUGUGCUGCAACUGGACAUAUCCUGGUGUUAUCUUUGUCUUCGGAGUCUUGCUUCGGCCGGAGACGCGGCCGCUCGUCUGGCCCGCGCCGAAAACGCGUUCAGGCUUUCGUAUGGCGAGGAUCAUCAGCGAUUGAUCGCUCUCAAAGGAACCAAUGCAAAUGAGAGAGUGCUUUUCAUGCGGCUCUACCUGCUGCAAGGGAUUGUGGCGUAUCAUCAAAACAAACGUGACGAGGCCAGGGUUCUGCUGGAGAAAGCUGAGAACGAACUCAGAUAUAUUAAGGUCGACGAAGCCUCAGUAGAAGCAUUAACAGAGCUAGGCUGGUCACGCGGUCAGGCUCGGACAGGUCUACGAGCGGCUGGAGGUGACCUGGACCGAGCACAUCACUACCUUGAGGAAAAACGAGCGGAGAGAGAGACGGAAAGAGAAAAACAUCGAGCGGAAAGACUCCAGGCACAACUUGGUAAAUGUCUGGAUGGCUCGUCCGUGAAUCCCCAACUAGUUCAAGCGCUACAAGGCAUGGGCUACACAAGGCGGAUGGCGCUGCUGGCUCUAAGGAACUCUAACAACAGUGUAGCCGAUGCUGUGAGGCUCAUACAGGAACACCCUGAGAUGUUAGUGGAGAGUGACUCGGACGACGCCACUCCCAGUUCGGACGAUUCACUGCCGGAGCCGGACAACAAGCUGAUCGCUGAGUUGGAAUCAAUGGGCUAUCCUGUAUCUGAAGCCCGCAGCGCUCUCCGCCUGUCCAGGAACAACGUGUCACGGGCUGUGGAAAUACUGCACCAAGGAUGUGAACACUCGUUAAAUGACGCGAUAUCAGGUGAACCAGGCUCAUCGAACCCGUCAACGAGCGCCGGAGUCACACGAAAGAAGCAAAAGAAGGCAUCGAAAUUAAAAAAGAAGAAAGACCGAGAGAGUGCCCUACACCGCCUGCAAAAUACAAUACGCUCCGAGGACGACGAGUACCUCAGCGGAGCCCUGAACGAGGAAGAAGCGAUGUUAGGAACUUACCGUGCACUUCUGUAAUAAUUGUUGGUUUUAUUGCCGUGCUUACAAUCAGCAAUGAUUAAUAUAAGUGUACGUAUAAAGCACUGUAAGUGUCGGUAACAUUAAUGUUACGAUGUUAGACAAUGCAUAUUUCUUCUGUUACUAUAAUACUAUUGCCACUAUAAGUGUCUGUAACUGAUAAGUCUGUACUUACAGAUCGAAGUCCUAUCUAUUAGAGCGCGUAAGUGUUUUAGGUAUUGUAAAAGUUUUAGUGUUCUGUAAGUGUAUACCGGUUGCACUGUAAGUGUUACUGACUAGACUUAACUUGUAUCCCGUGUGUUAUGUAAGCUUCGUUUCUGUUACUAUAUCCAUCGUAAUCACUAUAAGUGUCUAUAACGCGUGCACUGUAAGUGUAAAGAAAUUGGCUAGUGCCUGUUUUUACCACUUAAAGGGGUUCUCAAUUUCAAAUUUAACAGCUACUAUAAAGUUUCUCACUUAAAAAUGUUAACACAUUACUAUUACUUUCAGUAAGUGAGUGAGAGACUGGUAACUGUCGGUGUCUAGUUAGACGAUGGUAACUUAUAUUUAUCGUACUGUAAGUGACCUUGAACCUUUCGUAUCUAAAUGUAUAUAAUUUGUCGUGUCAUAUACGAUAAUUCGUAUUUUUCAAAUUAUCAUUUUUCUUAUUCUAUGUAGUUUUCUUUUAAAGUCUUCCAAAACAUGUUUUACAUAAUAAUGUUUUAAUUUUUGCGCAAAAUUCUCAGCACGUCCGUCUUUAAGACGUUCGCUACAAUUUUAAUACCAAUAUUCUAGUUUAUCUUACGUUUUUCUUAAAUAUUACAUAGUACCUAGUAGUUUGAUUGAAAAUAUUUUUUUCAUUGCCGUUCCUCCACCCGUGUCAAAUAGUUGUAUGUUAUUAAUGUUGCAUAGCAUUAUGUUUUCUGUCUUUACGUGUUGAUGUGAUGAUAAAAAUUAAAAACUUUCAGAGUUA